UUUCAUCGAGUUUGAAGAGUUCGUCGACCAUCAUCGCCAUUCUCGAGAAAAGGAUUGGCCUCUGGAGCAUUUCACGCAUAUUUUCGGGAUAAAUUCACAUUUUUCAGCUACUAUUCCUUAUUUUAAGAGUUUUCCGGUAGGGUUCCGUAGUGCGGGAGUGAAAUUUCGGUUGAAACAAACGGAAGUGCAGUGAAAAUGUGGUGAAAAGCUUAUGAAUUGUUGGAGGGUAGAGAAAAAAGAAGAGCAAGAAGAUUGUGUACGUGUAUCUUGUGUGCAGUGAAAAGGUGUCCAAGAAGAAAGAAAAAAAAAGAUUGAAAUACCAGCUUAACCGGAAGUGACCCGUUUCUUGAAAAAUGAGCUACUCCAGGAGCCAAUAUUAUGAGCGCUCGCGAUCGAGAAGCCGGGACCGGAAAUAUCGCCGGGAGUAUCGAGAAAACGGAGACAGAUAUUCAUAUCCGGCACCGGAGUACGGUGCUGCCGAGAGUAGCUACGAUCGGCGGAAGAUUCGCUCGUCGAAGGCUCCGGUUCCCCCGGGCACGUACGCCAGCAGUGGUGGCCAUCGAAGCUCCAGCAGCACCGGUGCCAGUCACUACCGCGAAUCGUACCGGGAGCAGUCUUCCUCUUCCUACAAAUCGGCACACUAUGGUGGUGCUGAGCCGAGCAGUUCCGGCGGCGGAAAGAUCGUGCUUGCCGUGUUCAAUUUGAGCGUUUACACAACCGAACCGGAACUGUACGACAUUUUCUCCAAGUUCGGCCCUAUUAAGAAGGCCACCGUGGUGCUCGAUGCUAAGACUGGACGUUCGCGUGGUUUCGGCUUCGUGUACUACGACAACGCCGAAGAUGCCAAGGUGGCCAUAGCACAGGGCAACGGGAUCGAAAUCCGCGAUCGACGCAUCCGGGUGGACUUUUCGGUUACACACAAACCUCAUGACCCGACCCCAGGUGUCUAUUACGGGAAGGUGAGCGCACCGCCGAAACGUGGCCGCGGAGGCGGACGUGGCGGUGGACGGGGAGCAUCAUCCCGCGGCCCAGGUCACUCGCUUGGGCCACCACCAGUUUCCGUUGGGGGCGGAAUGCGUGGCGGUGCUGUUGCUAGCGCUGGUGGUGGAGGAGGUUACUAUCACUGCGAGGCGUGCGAAAUUGAAGCACGCGAACGGGAAAGAUGGGAACGUGAUGCUAGGCGCUAUGAAGCCAGCAAUCAAUACUACUAUCAGGAGAAAUACGUGGCACCGGAACCCCGGUCGCGGGAACGAUCGGCCGUUGCACCACGUGCCCCACGGAAUGAUUACUACCGGAGUGGAAAUGUUCGCUGACAGUGGCCCCAUUUUGUGGCGCCCGCCGUUCAUCAUCCCGUCUAUCCCGGCGGCUAUGCCGUUGCAUUGAUGUAAUUUAGAUUUACAGUUAAGGUUCCUUUAUCGCUGCAUCCCUUUUUCAUUUCUUUUUUGUUUUCCGAUUGUAUUGAGGCAGAAGCAUUUUGAAACUGUUCCGGUAAAUAAUUGUAUGAUCUGACUUUUCAAUACAAUCCUUCAAAACUUUUAACGUACAGAAAAUUUUCUUUUCAAAUGUGUAGCACGCAUAAUCGCGUUGGAAAGAGAGAUGAAGAAGUAUAAAUGAAUGAUUAUCGAAAAAAAAAAACUAUUACCCACAUAACUGACCCGAAAGAACAGAAAUGCGUUAUAAUGAUUUUUCUUUCAAUCAAUAGUGUUAUCAGAUAAAUUUCCAUACUAACUAUGAAUAAACUAUAUAUUUAACUGUA